AUGGUUAUCCUCAUUACCGGAAGCACUGGUUACCUUGGUGGCCAUUUGGUCAAUGAAGCAUUGAAACGAGGUCACAGUGUUCGCGCCGUUGUGCGAACGGAGUCAUCGUUCAAGAAGCUUGCUGGGCAAUUCCCCCAACACGCAUCGAAGCUAUCACAUGUCGUCGUAUCUGAUUUCACCGUCCCGGAGGCGUUCGAGGGUGCGUUCGAGGACGUGGACGGUGUGAUCCAUUCCGCCUCUCCAUUCAACCUGGAACCAAAGAACAACGAAGAAGAUCUUCUUAAACCUGCUAUUAAGGGCUCUGUAGCUAUGCUCGAUGCCGCAUUACGCUACGGUAAAGAUGUCAAGCGUGUAGUUGUUACAUCUUCUCACGCCUCCGUCGCCGACACCUCCAAAGGAUUGCGACCUGGUUAUGUGUACAACGAGAAGGACUGGAAUCCUACAACCUACGAACAGGCUGCUGACCAAGCCACCGAUGGUGUGACGGCCUACUGUGCUUCAAAGGCUCUGGCUGAGCGCGCCGUGUGGAAGUGGGCUGAAGAGCACAAAGAUGCCCCAUUCGAUGUCGUUACAAUCACUCCGCCGUGGAUCUUUGGGCCGUAUGUUACGGAGCUGACAUCCACAGCUCAUUUAAGUGAAAGCGUCCGAUUGGUUUACAAUCUUCUAGGAGCCAAGGAAGUGCCAGCGUUCGAUUUUGGUGGAUAUGCAGAUGUCCGCGAAGUCAGUGCUGCCCACUUGCUUGCCCUUGAAGUGCCUGCCGCUGGUGGACAACGUUUCUGGGUCGGACAGCCUCUCCGAUGGCAGGCUGUGGUCGACGUCGGGCGAGAGGAGUUUCCAGAGUUAAAAUCGAGGUUGCCAGAAGGAAAACCGGGAUGGAGAGAAGAUGCUUAUGGUGUGGAUGGCAGUAAGGCGGAAAGAGUGUUGGGUCUCAAGUAUCUCACAUUCAAGGAGACUGUCAGAGAUACCUUUGCUCAGCUACUAUCCGCGGAACGGGCUGAAGCUGCAGCAUAA